AUGGGGCACCUUGUCAAAGGCUAUCAACUACCUCUCUCCGUUGAUGAGGUUAGUAAGACGUAGUUCGUUAGUUCGCGGGAACGACAUAACUUACGUCAGUCUCUCGUGAGUAAACCGUGUAGAUGUGGCCGGUUCUGGCCUGUUCAGAUGAUGGUUAUGCCGUAUGACCCUUUACUGGUAGCCAAUUCUAGUCCAUGGUUUCCCGAAUCUAGGCCAAACCCCAGCAACCGCACCGACCGACGGGGUAAGCGGUCGGAUCUUAUUCCGUAGCCGCACCUGCAGUAGACAAGCCCCAGUCGUCUGUCAUACGGGACCGGAGGUAAUGAGGGGUUGAAAACUAACCCCCAACCCUGGCCCCUGGCACUAACUCCUAGCCCUAGCCCCUAACAGGUGCGGCUACGAAAUAAGCUCUUACCGGUUAUCCCCAAGCACGGCAAUUCUGCUCCUCCUCCUCCUCCUCCUCCUCCUCCUCCUCCUCCUCCCCCUCCUCCUCCUCCUCCUCCUUCUUCUUUCCUUUUUCUUCUACCUCUGAUACACUUUAAAGUCCCACGAAGAGGGAGAUAUGCAGUUCCAUAGGUGGCCUAAGAUAACCCAUGCCGUUCUUCCACUCAGCAAGGGCGUGAUCAAAAAUGAAGUUCGGCAGCCGUCUGGGAUGCCUAAGCGGCCCUAUUUAGGGUCAUCACUGAUAACCCCCUCGCUGGGCAAGGAGCCAAAAAAGUGCCCAAACAAAUGCUGGGAUCACGUCGUCUGCACGAAGAUCGCGACUUGCAUAUGUACAACUUACAGUCGAAACAACCAAACAAACAAUAACCUAAGUCCCAGUCCCCACCCCACCCCACAGGCAGCUAGAGUAAGUCCGCUCACUUUGGCGGUUUGGGAUAUUUGCUUCCUUUUAGACAAUCCGAGAAGGAGUCAGAUAGAACAAAGAACAGUGCGAGUGGCUCACGAAAUAAGGCGCUACAAGGCGGACAUUUCUGCUCCCGAAGAGACCUGCUUCUCCGAAUAAGACCGUUUGGAGGAGGUGGAUGACGGCUACUCAUUCUUCUGGAGUGACCGUCCAAAGUCAGAGUGACGCGAGCUGGGUAUUGUCUUUGCCAUCCAAAAGGACAUCAUCGGACGACUGCUCUGCCUGCCCCAGGGAACCGACGACCGUUUCUUGACCCUGCACCCGCCCCUUCGAGGAGCCUAAUUCGUUACCGUUGACGGCGUCUUCUCUCUUUCAGUGACCAACCCCGACGGGGUGAGGAGCAGGUUUUACAAAAACCUGUACGUGUUUCUGGCGACGGCUGGCGGAUCGUCUCAUUGUUGGCCACCAGAAAAGGAUUUGACUGCAACCCCGCAGGAGGCCGCAAGUUAAGUCAAGUACUGUUCGGCUCAAUUCGUAUGUACACCGCUUAAAUUUCAACAAUUAAAUAGUCCAACACCUGGAAGAACUGGCACCUCCGGACGACAAUGCCGACUACGAUGUCAACUUCGGAAUGCCAUCCACUCCACUGCCUUGGGCGUCUUCUUGAGAGCACUUUGCCAAAACCGGAAUUGGUUCGAAGACAACGAAGCAGAUAUAAGCAGCACGUUAUUCCCGACAAAGACAAGGGGGACUGGAAUGGCCAUUUCUGGCUUAUUAGCCGUCGUCAGCCAGUCAUACCCAGCCCCGAAGUGUGGAACACCAGAGGCUCAAGCUCGCGACCUGUUAAUUAGAAGCAGAAGCAAAAGCAACAAUCAGCAGAUGUCAGCAACCUGGUUGUCGAAAAGGACAGGCUGCGCAGGCCUACACUGGCCGUCGUACCGAUGAAAAAAGCAGCUUUCUUCAGAUGUCGUCGCCUCGUGCAGCAGCGGCUGCGGGAGAUGUAGGGCGCCAGGAUGACUCCUAAGGCCGAGGAGAUUCAGGAAUAUGCGGGCCGUAAUGAAACAAAGAACUUCUUUGCAACCAUCAGGACUGUCUAUGGUCUCACCUUUAAAGGAACCGCACCGUUUCUCAGUUCCGAUGGGACAACCUUUUCGACGGAUAAACUACAGAUUCUGAAGCGCUGGACCGAACACUUCGGAAACGUCCACAACCUCCGACCGGUUCCUCAAACGGAGGCUGAUGCCGGCAUGGACCGCCCGCCUUCCCUAUCAGAACCCAUCAAAAGCGUAUAACAACUUUUGAGGUGAAAACACCGAGAUCCGACACGCAGUCCCCGAAUGAUGAUGAGACUCAGAUUAUUAUUUUGGGAGAUGUGGCGUUCUUCAGGAUUUCGGAAACGCGACAAUAUUCCAAAGGGAAGCAAAUAAAUCUGCGUUAAUCACAGAGGAAUCACACCGCUCAGCAUCGCCGGAAAGCUGUUCGCUCGCUUUCUCUUCCAGUGUUUCAGCGGCCAUCUAGCGCAAGUACUGCUCCUGAAAAGCCAAUGUGGCAUCUGAAGGCACUGCAGAGCCACUGACAUGAUCUUCACCGCCCGCCGCCUACAGGAGGAGUGCUAGGAAUUGUACAUAAACUAGUACAUGUAUAUCUGACGAUGUUCUUUAACGCGGGGAGUCAUGACGGGCUCUGGAAAAUCAUACAAAAAUCCGGCUGUUCUGGACAAUGCAUGCACACGAUGCGUCAACUUUACGACAGAACGAUGUCGCGUGCCAGGGGAAAUGGGACGGUCUCGUGCGCCUUUGCAGUGACCAACGUAGUGGCACAGCACAGCGUACUCGCCUCCACCGUCUUCAGUUUCCUGUGCUCUGCCACGCUGAUAAAGUGAUGAGCCCCCUGGGAUCCGCAUCUUUUACUAAACCGACACAUGCAGGCCCCAACGCGUCUCUCGACGACUACUGCCCACGACUGCUUCCUUGCUGACUAAUGCGCGCCGAACAUUGCCAAAGAAGUGAAUAUGUAACGGAGCAUGGAUCUUUUAGCCGCCGGCUGUGAGCACCACGGAGUGACCAUAAACACAGAUAGAAUGGUAAUCAUGCGUCAGCCAUCGCGAAACACUGAAUACAACGAUCCUUGCAUCACUGUCAACGGCAAAUAAAUCAAAACCGUGGACAAAUUUUUCUAUAUAAACAGUAGGCUGUCAUGCGACCGUAAAAGGUUCGAUAAAGUUGCGCAUCGGAUCUUCAAAACUGGUCAGGUCUUUGGUGGGCUGUAGAUCUCAGUGUGUGUUGAGUCUUAACACCAAACUCAAGAUGUGCAGGGUGGCAGUCUUGGCAGAGUCAUGCACCGUCUAUGCCAAUCAAGUCAGGAAACUCAGUCACUUCCACCUCAACUGCCUCCGAAGAAUACUGAGGGUGAGGUAUUAAGAAAGGAUUCUGGACACAAAAAUCCUCGAACGGACCGGAAUCCUUACCACUCAUGCUAUGAUGAAGCAACUUCAAAUGCGUUGGAGCGGACACGUCGCGUGGAUGGAUGAUGAUCAUUUACCCAUGCGACUCUUCUGCGGCCAUGGCGCCCGCUGAUAAGGAGGACAAGAACGACACUAUAAGGCCACUGCAAAUCAACCCGAAGAUCUGGAAUCACCUCACCCAGGACAGACGAUAAAGGCAUUGAAGACUGGGGCAGCAGUCUAUGAGGCCAACCGGACUGCCGCUUUCAUAUCCAAAAAGCGGCUGGAAAGUUUCAAGUACCUUUAACUUGCAAUGUCAACACCCAAGCCCCACCACGUCGCCGCUGUCAACGAAAAUUUGGCGUUGCGAUCGCCUUAUUGAAAAUUUCCGGACCCAAUUCGAAGACAACUUAAUACGACCUUCAGUUGUUUUCUCAAACACCUCCAUAAUCACGACGUUUGCGACAGCGAUCACCACCACCACCACCACCACCACCACCACCACCACCACCACCACCACCACCACCACCACCACCACCACCGAAGAUCACACACCCGAUGUCCGCCGCUGCCACCGUCGUCGUAGACCAACGUCGUUUCCAUUAUCCCGCCCGCGAAGACGUAAACGACGAGUACCACUCCUCACACUGCCCACCACCGCUGAGAGAACUCCCAGUUUCCCGAUAGCCACCACAAUCAUCACCUCCACCACCACUGGCAAUGCAGACUUGGUCCGAGCCUGCUCGCAUUGCGACCGAUUCCUUGCAUCAUGCAUCGGCCUGGUCGGUCACCUGCGAAUACAUCGCACCGAAACCGGCGAACCACUUCCUGAAGCAUCAACAGCUCAACUCAGCUGCCCGCCCUGACCACGCACAUUUAAUCACUUCCUGGGUUUGCUUGACCACAUGCGACUGCAUAUAAAUCUACAGAAAACCACAAGUCAUCACAUAUUUCACUAUCAACAAGCAUCACACAUGAACCCGCUCAACCGUCGUGACUGACAACGUACUCCGUGUUUUCCACAGCAGGGUGAGAGCAAGCACGGUGACUUGCGCGCGAACUAGUUUAUAGUGAUAUUUGACUUGCGCAGCGUCUGCUGCGCUCUCUCUUCUUCCCCUACCUGAACGUGGUUCUUCUGAGCGCAUAAAGUUGGCUUUCGUGACCUGAUGGCGGCCGCUUCCGCUGUCGCUAAAACGUGCUGGCCUAGUAGCUUAGGGUAGCUCGAUGGGAUCUUAUAAAUCACACAAAAAGCUUCGUUGAGGUCCACACGAUGUCCGGAAUCGACAACAUGCGCGAGGAUGACGCUGCUUAUGCUCCUAGUUUCGCCUUUUCCCAGCCAUGCCGGGAGGUGUUCACGUAGUCUCUUGAAUAAGCGCCGACUCGUGCGACCAACAUAACGGCAGAAUGACUCUUCCUUCAUUCCCUACCUGAACCCAGUGUUAAGACACAGUAAAGAAGACCAGAGUGGGAGAAGGGACAGGUGGCUGGCACGGCCGGACCACCAAUAAUGCGUACUACUGCACCUCCUGGUCCAAAACCAACACCUGAUCAGGAUUUCAACCGAUAACAAAAGGAUGAGUUGCGAAAAUUCCCAUAGCAGUAAUCAGAAGACGAGGUGGCGAGCAUGCGUAGCUUUCGAUAAAAUAUCGUCGGGCCAGUACAUUUAUAUGGGAACGGGGUAGAAGUAAAACAUGUCAGCGAUAAGAGAAAUCGAUAAAAGUUCUCCUUAAAACACAGGCGGGGUAUGGGAAUGUCGGGGAGGGGGGGGGAGGGAUAAUAGCAGUCGGUGUCAGGGGCGGGGUGAGAGCGGAAGGGCGCGGAGAGUUGUAGCGUUAGUCGACCUUCGACCACUGUAGGCGCGGAGCCUGAACGUGAUUCUUCUGUGCGCAUAAAAUUGGCCUUUGUAACCUGAUGGCGGCCGCUUCCGCUGUCGCUAACAGUCGUUGGCCUAGUACCUUAGGGCAGCUCGAUGGGACUUUAUAAAUCACACGAAAAGCUUCGUUGGGGUCCACACGAUGUCCGGAAUCGACAACAUGCGCGAGGAUGGCGCUGCUUAUGCUCCUAGUUUCGCCUCUUCCCAGCCCUGCGGGGAGGUGUUCCCGUAUUCGCUUGGAUAAUCGCCGACUCGUGCGACCAACAUAACGGCAGGGAUCCCAGUUGGCACGAGGUGAGCUAAUAAGUAGUCCGGCAGCCACACCCAAAAUGUUGGCAUCUGGUAUGGGUGUGCAUGUCGAAAGUCGUGUGGUCGACAAGAUAAAGAUUCCCAAUCAGAAGUCAGGGAAGACGGUUUGAGUUGGACAACCUUUACUGCCUGAGGAAGUGCGUACACAAGGGCUCUGUAGGCAGUCGUCGCGAGCGCGCUCCAAGCAAGCUGUUGUCUGUGUCCGCCUUCGAGGUGUUGUGUCAGCGCGUGUGCGCCCUUCGUUGUCUCCACGUCGCCAGCCAAUCAGAGUGGGGACAGCGUUGAUUGGCUUCGAGCACUCGCGCGGCCCAGGAGCGUAUCGACAUGGAGUGUGAGGCGGACAGGACGGCAGAGUGACAAAGGCGGAGGGCGAGGAGACGCGAACGGCCACAUGCAUUCCCGACAACGUCUGCCAGAAUCCGAUGUGGUCCCCGUGUUGGUCCAACGCAUCUACUGCCACAGGCCUGGAACGGGCACCUCUCACGCAAGUUGAAGUGUGUUCUUCAUGCGGCACCUCCAACACAUGCGAGAUAUGAGUAGCCUACCUCCACUGCGCAAAACUGUAUUUCGUUGAGCCACUUGCGCCCACUCCCCGUGUCAGAUGGCUGACCGGCUCGGACAGCGAGCCGGUGCUAGGGAGGGGGAGGAUAGGGUGGGGUAGACUUUGAGGACCGCGCCCCCCAGCGGCACUCGGUUCAUACACCUCACUAUAAAAAAAUCUGACGUCUAUGACACUCAUAGGUAUUUUGGCAGAUUUCGAAUAAUUAAUAUUUACCCGAACGUGAAAACCUCGGCGCCUCAGUGGGAAUCGAAACCACGCGGUAAGGAGAAUGCUUUAGUACAGCCAACGCUCUAACAACUUGAGCUAUGAGGCCUCGCCGGACGACUCGAGCUUAAUCACAUUUGGGUCAAGUUACCCACCCAACCUACUGCAACGUCUGGAAUCCACCAAAUCUGAUAUGGUAAGUUGACUGUCCAAGCAGGAUUUCCUAAGUACUUCACCUAGAAUCCACCAGAUGACUACCAGGCUCACGUAAUUCAUAGGCAUUUUAGCAGAUUUGGAAUAAUUUAUAUUGACCCAACUGUGAAAAACCCAAAUGUGAUUAAACUCGCGUCGUCCGGCGGGGCCUCGUAGUUCAAGUGGUUAGAAUGUUGGUUGUACUAAAGCCUUCCCCUUACUGCGUGGGUUCGAAUCCCACCGAGACGCCGAGUUUUUCACAAUUGGGUCAAUAUGAAUUCUAUGACACUCUCACUCUGUUGGAAGCUGAGCCGUUCAUCCGUUGUUCGAGCGAAAUCCUGGUUCAGCUUACUAGUAUAGUUGGUGGGGUAUAUUUGAAUACUUAUCAUCCGGGAUUUUCAUGACGGCGUCUGGAAGACGAAAAUCGAUGACUACGGUAAUACAUGCUAGGGUUAUAGUUGGGGUUAAUUUUUAGGUGCUGUCUUUGGACGCCCUAACCAUUCGGGCAUUCCUAGCCUAAUUCUGACUUGUAGCCUGCAGCGUCGCAUUAGCAUACAAAUUACUGCUACUUAAACAGAAUUAGUAGCGUAAAUCGCACACAAAUUAUCGAGUGGUUUCCACUUUUUUUCGUCGAUUUGCAUGUGGUUAUAACAGGGUGGCCAGGGGUUGCAGCCAUUUACUGCAUGCGGGGCUCCGCGCAGGCCGCUUUGGGAUUCAUGCGCUCUGUGGCAGUCCGCGCCUCCUUACUCUCCGCCACCUUGCCACGCUGCUCUCCUGUCCGCCUCACACUCCCUGUCGAUCCGCUGCUGGGACGCGCAGGGCUUGUCACUAGCUUCGCGAAGCCUGAGGCUAGUCAACGCUGACCCUUGUCCGAUUGGCUGGCGGCCUCUGAGACAGGGUGGAAGGUGCAUAAACUUUCUGGGGCCGAAGGACCUCGACGGCGGACACAGACUACGCAACUUGCUUGGAGAGACCGCCCGUGGCGACUGCUUGCAGAGCCUUUAUGUACGCACUUCCUCAGCAGUAAAAGUUGUCGAACCCAGUCCGUCUCUCCUGACUACUCAUUUAGGGACCUUUGUCCUGUAGACCAUACGGUCCCGAUAAUUGGUGACUCUUUGCGAACAGCAAUCUUCUUUCUUCCCAACGACGAAGUCAGCCAUUGACCGUGGACAGUUUUCCGCCGGAAGGCAAACAUAUUUUGCACCCGCUUUUGGCAUUCUUUCGGCCCUACAACUUAGAGGGAGGAACGGCUUAUGGAGAUGUACGGUCUCUCUUAACCGUCACUUUCAGCACUCUCAACUCCCUCGACUCCUCCCGCGUCUCCCCUUUUGCAGUUGGAGAUCGCGCUUACCGAGCGGGCCGAUGAUAGAGCUUCUCUCCAGAAGCAGACAGCUUUUCACUCAUCUCGGAGCCAAAUAAGUCCUCCAUCCCGCAUGUCCAGUCUGCACAUUCAGCCCAUUUCAACACAGUCGCCGCCGCCGCCGCCGGCAGGUGCUAAAGCUCUUCGCUGCAUCUCUCCCUGCUCCUUCACCUCCAUGGAGAGCAAACGGGUAAAACGGAUCCGCCCGAAGGUCAGUGCAGCCAAUCUUCCUGGCAGCUCUAAUCCUGGUUGCACAUUUUACGUUCGAGACACCCGGAAUGACAGGCGUUUCUUGGUUGACACCGGUGCGCAGCAAAGUGUCAUUACACCCAUGCCAGCUGAUCGUCGGUGCCCCAAUUCCGACUUUUUCUUCGGGUUGUCAACACUUCGCCCAUCACCACCUUCUCUGGACAUCGACCUCUGACGUCUUUUCCCCUGGGUCUUCACAGUUGCUGACAUUCCCUGUGUCAUUCUCGAUGCAGACGUUCUCACCGCUUCUAAUGUUCUGGUCGACUGCCUUCAUUCCCAUCUUCACGACAAGACCGCCAACCUCACCCUCCGCGGUAUCUCUUCUUUUGACGCGUCCCGUCAACUCACCGUGUUUUGGAUCCUGAAACCGAGAAUCCAUUCCGGAAACUCCUCGCCAUAUACCCGGUCUCACUAGUCCCAACUUCGGCAAUCCUAUUUCACCACACGACGUUGUUCACCACAUCCGGACCACUGGCCCUCCCGUGCUUUCUCGGCCCCGCCGUUUCGCGUCCGCACGACUUUCUGAGGCCAAUGCCAAGUUCGAGCACAUGUUUCAAAUGGGCAUCAUCCCUCAGUCUGAAAGCACGUGGGUCUCGCCCCUCCACAUGGUCCCAAAGGCCACCACUGGUGACAGGCGCCCCUGAACAAGGUUACUGUUCCGUACCGCUACCCUGCCCCACAUCUUCAGGAUUUUGCCGGUGCCCUAUUCGGCAAAUCGGUGUUCUCGAAGAUCGACCUGGUGCGUGUGUUGCGCUACAGUCCCAUCGGCCUAGAGGACGUUUCAAAACGGCCGUCACCACCCCCUUUGGUCUCUUUGAGUUCCUGCGCAUGCCGUUUGGACUCUGCAAUGCCUCCCAGACCUUUCGGAAGUUCGUAGAUAGAGUGCCUCGCAGCCUACCAUUUGUCUACUCCUACAUGGAUGAGCUUUUAGUAGUUAUUUCCACCGCCGAAGAAUACAUGGAGUAUCCUGAAACGAUGUUCGACCCCCUUCAACAGUUUAGCGCUGUUCUCAACCCUUCCCAGUACAGCUUCGGUGUGCCCUCCUUCGAAUUUCUUGGACAUCUCGUUGACUCCAACGGCAUCCAUCCUCCUGCAUAGAAGAUUGCGGCUAUACGUGAUUUUCCAACUGUCUCAUCCAAACGUCAGCAGCAGCGACUUCUAGGUCUGGUGAAUUUCUACCGCCGGUUCCUCCUGCACUGUGCCGACACUAUCCUGCCACUCACGAGCCUCCUCCCGGGUCUCAAAGGUUCGUUCGAGCUGUUUGUAGACGCAUUCGCUGCUUUCGACAAGGUGAAGUCUGUCGUAGCGACGCCACCAUCCUGACGCACUUUUCUCCCGAUGCACCCAUCUCCCUCAUGGCUGAUGCCUCCAAUGUUGGAGUAGGCGCGGAUCUCCAACGACACCUUGCAGGUCACACCCAACCACUAGUUUUCUUCUCCAGGAAGUUUGCACCUACCGAGACGCAUUACAGCACAUUUGCAAUGGAGCUUCAGGCGAGCCCAUGA